AUGCAGUUCGAGGAUGUGAGAUACAGUGUUCAGAAUUACGUCAAAACUUCAGGACGUCUUCCACGGAUAAAUUCUACUGUCUCUGAAGAAAAAGUGAUUCUGCAUGGAUUGAGUGGGAUGAUGCUUCCUGGCAAGAUAACAGCACUGUUGGGACCAUCUGGGAGUGGUAAAACGACACUGCUACGUCUGUUAGGAGGACGAGACCUUAAUUACAAGGGGAGCAUCACAUACAAUGGGUUACCUCUCAACAGUCUUGUGAAAAGAAGAAUGGGUUUCGUGACUCAAGAAGACAUACUGUACCCUUACUUGACAGUCCAUGAAACACUCUUGUUUGCUGCUUUAAUGAAGCUGCCAAAAUCAAUGUCAAGAGAGGCGAAGAUGCAAAGAGUACAAGAAGUAAUCACGGAGCUUGAUUUGGAGAGGUGCAAGGGAACCAUAGUAGGAGGACCGCUGAAGAAAAGUAUAUCUGGAGGCGAGAAGAAAAGAGUUUGCAUUGGCGAAGAGAUGUUGACAAAGCCUUCUAUUCUGCUACUUGACGAGCCUACUUCUGGCUUAGAUUCUACAACAGCACUUCGAGUCAUAAGGAUGUUGAAAAGAUUUGCAAAGGAAGGGCAUACAGUGGUCACAUCGAUUCAUCAACCUUCAAGCAUUCAAUUUUACCACUUCGAUCAGAUUUUGCUCUUUUCAACUGGUCAGCUCAUCUACUCUGGAGAAGCCAAGGAAGCAGUCAGCUACUUUGCAUCUCUGGGUCUCAGUCCAAAUCUUGUCAUGAAUCCAGCUGAGUUUCUACUUGAUCUAGCCCAUGGAUCAACAUUGGACGUUCAGAUGCAAAGUCAAAAUUUGAGAAAAACGACUAACAUUCAAGGUCAUAUGGAUGGUGAUGAGGAUCUGCAGAAUUCAAAUGAAAUGCUUCAGUUUCUGAAAGGAAGCUAUGAAGCUCUUAUCAUCAUCAAGGAGAAAUGCAAACUCUUAGAAAUGAGCGAUUCUGGGAGCGAAAUAUUGAAUGGCGAGGAGACAACCGACAAACAACAGACGUGGUGGAGCCAAUUCGUCAUUCUCUUAUGGCGCAUUUUCAAAGAGAGAAAGCUUGAGUUUCUGAGCUUUAUACGCUUGUUGCAAACUCUGGCGGUGGCUUUCGUUGUUAGUGUCUUGUGGUGGGAUUCAAAUACAGACUCUCAGCGGGAUCGUGAAGAUCAGCAAGGACUGAUCUUUGUGAUCACUUUGUUCUGGGCAUCUAUUCCUCUCUCCACAGCAGUAUUGACAUUUUGUCAAGAAAGGACAAUGCUCAUCAAGGAGAAGAAUAGCAAUAUGUACCGACUAAGUGCUUACUUUAUGAGUCGAUCUAUUGGAGACUUGCCUCUUGAUUGCUUUUUGGCAACGGUGUUUCUAAUUGUGGUCUACUUCAUGACACAUUUGAAGAUGACAGCAGCUUCAUUCCUGCUCACCGUAUUUGGCACAUAUCUGAGUAUCAUGGCAGCUCAAAGCCUCGGAUAUUUGAUUGGAGCUUCAUUCAUUGAUGUUAAGAAAGCAACUGCCACAGGUUCUACUUUGCUUAUCGUCUCCAUUUUGACAGGAGGCUACUACGUGGUGCAAGUUCCUACGUGGAUAAAGUGGAUGAAGUACCUAUCAUUCAACUAUUAUGCAUAUAAUCUUCUGGUGAAGAUCCAAUACGAUCCAUGCCUUCUUACUUGGAACGAAGGUGGUUUUGAAGUAUGUUUGCUUAUAGUAUUUAUCGUUCUAUAUCGCGUUUUGGCAUAUUUUGCCCUAAAAUAUAUAGCAUUGAAGCUUUGA